UAAAGAGAAUAAGAAAGAAAAAAAAUGGAUGAUAAAAAAGUUAUGGUGGAAAAAGAGUUGAAAAGAGGGUGGGAAGCAGCAACACAACUACGCAGUUUAAUUGUGGAUGUUCCAUCACAAUUACAAACAUUCAAUCAAAGAUCAUCAUCAUCAGAUCAUAAUGAUGAUCAGAUUUUAAUCAAUGAUAAUAAAAAAAUGGAUUGUAUGAAGAAUUUUUCCAACACUGUUCUUUAUUCACUAGAAAAUUCAAUUUCCAUCAUCAAAACUAUGAUACAAUCAAUGGAGAUUCAAGCUUCAUCUUCUGGAUCUCCUCCUAACAACAGGAGAUACAUAAUUGAUACAUCUAAUAUUACACCCGAUGGUUACACUUGGAGGAAAUAUGGGCACAAGUGUAUUCAAAAUACAAAGCAUCCAAGGUAAUAAGCUAUAUCUUUUUAUCAAAGCCGUCUUGAAAAUUUUAAA